AUUAGUGAUUAGUGGAACGCCGAGUCAGGUGGAAUUAAGAAAUUAGGAACCCUAUUAUUGAUAACGGCACAUCAUAAAAUUAUUCAAUAAACUUUUUUCAUAGUGAUAAUUUUUUUUUUUACCGAUUCUUACGUCACAGAAACUAUCAUUGAAUUUUCCAUUUUAGUAACUUCAAUAUACGUGUAAGGAAAAGGACAAGAGAAACUAUAAUCGUGGAAAUCAGACGUGCGGAAAACGGAAUUUCAAUAACACCAUAACAAACACCUGGAAAAAAGAAAGGAGAAAACUUGACGAAUAAUACGCGGUACAAUACGAAGUGUGUCAGCUUGUUUCUCCUAGCUGAAGUUAUUGCACAUCAUUGAAUAAAACAUAUACCAUAAAAGUGAGAAUGGAACAAAAAUCCACAGAGCUAAAACUCACUGUGCCUUGGGGUCAUAUUGCUGCAAAAACAUAUGGCUCAUCCACAGGAAAGUUUGUCUUAAUGGUGCAUGGUUUGAUGGACAAUAUGGGUGCAUUCACUAGAUUGUUAAAGUAUUUACCAAUGGAUACACAUUAUUAUGUAUGUGUAGACUUACCUGGUCAUGGGUAUUCAUCACGUUUUCCAUCCUGGAUGAUGGUCGAAUUUGUGACUUAUAUAGAUACAAUAUACUAUAUUCUAGAAGCGUUACAAUGGAAAACAUGUAUUUUUAUAGGGCAUAGUAUGGGUGCGCAACUCGGUAUAUUUUUUAGCAUUAAUCGACCUCAUAGAAUUGAAAAAAUAAUUGCUCUUGAUGGACUCAUCCCAAUAGUUAGCACAACAGAUGAUGAUUUUAUAAAAAGUUUCAAAGAAAAAUUUAUGUUACUAAGACAAAACCAGAAUGCAAACAAUUUAUACACCAAAGAAGAAGCAUUAUAUGCUCUGAAGAAUUUGCGGUUCGCAGCCUUAAAUUCAGAUGCCGCAGAAGCUUUGUUUGAGCAUUUUGUCACAAAAGUAGAUGGAAAAUAUAAAUAUACUAGAGAUGUACGUUUAAGAAUGACUAUAACUUCAUUAUUAAGUUUAGAGCAAUCGUACAGUAUCCUUCGUAAUCUUUCAGUUCCGUUGUAUGUCGUAGUUGCAUCUUCUGGUGCGAUAGACCGUUUUCCUCAAAUAUUUAAAACAGCAAUAAAAUCAAUAAAUCCCAAAAGUUUAUCUGAAAUAUUUUAUGUGAGAGGAAAUCAUGAUGUUCAUAAUAAUUAUCCUGAAAAAGUCGCGCCAUUUAUAUGCAAAAUAUUGCUUAAUGAGAACACUAGUAAGUUAUAAAUAAUGAGAACUCUACUAAGUUU